AUGUCGUCAUCAUUGCUGCAGAAGCCGAAGAGUGAGAUGAGUCCGGAGGAGUUGGCGCGAAGGGAGGAGGAGGAGUUCAACACCGGACCCCUGUCUGUGUUGACACAGUCCGUCAAAAACAACACUCAGGUUCUCAUCAAUUGUCGCAAUAAUCGCAAACUCUUGGGACGCGUGAAGGCCUUCGACAGACACCUCAAUAUGAUCUUAGAGUCCGUGAAGGAGAUGUGGACCGAACUGCCGAAGGCUGGCAAGGGAUCCAAGAAGAAGGCGAAGCCCGUCAACAAAGACCGAUACAUCUCGAAGAUGUUUCUGAGGGGCGACUCUGUCAUACUCGUCCUCAAGAACCCACUCGCGCUCACUGAACCCAAACGCUGA